AUGAUUGUGGACACAAAGCUCAUCGGUGGCAGAGUUGUCACUACAGAUUCGACCAAGAACUUGACCUUUUACAAUACUACUCUUCUGGAAGUCAAGAACCUCACCUUACCGGCUGUAGGACGAGUCAUCGUUGCUGGAGCCAAUAACACCACUCUGGUGGGAUGCAUGGAUGGAUCCAUUGUCCAGGUGGAUUCAGAAUACAAACCCAGCAGUUUCAAGCCACAUUCUCGGUUUGUCGGAGGAAUCUCUGUUUCUGAAGAUGGACUGAUUGCGUCCAUUGGCUUCGAUAAAAAGGUGGUGGUCACGAAGCAGGUUGGCUUUGAACAGGUGGCGUUCAUUGACUCACUGACUAACCCCACAGCGAUUGCAUGGACUCAUAAUGGGCUGGCUGUGUCUCGAGAAGACUGUACCUCGAUUCAACUUCUCUCCGACCAAUUGGAGAAGCUCAGAACUAUUCCUCUGGUCGAUGCCCACUAUAUGCCCCACUCAUUCACCGUGUUUGACAUGGUCUACAACAACGAUACCAAGGAGAUUGCCUGUCUCACAAGCCAUACGCCCUACGCAAGGGUCAUUAUUGUCAAGUCUGACGACACUGUUGUUUCCUUCCCUACUUUGAUUCCUCAAGACAAGUACAGUCUGGGACGCCUUAGUUGGUUGGACGAGAAGACUCUCGCCAUUGCUGGAGACGACGGCUCGGUGCGACUGCUCAACCAGACUACGUGGCGAAAGAUAAACGUGGCAGGUUCGAGAUUGCGAUGCAUUAGUACUGGUGAUGGCUACGUUGCCACUGCCAGCAUUGAUAAGGAGAUUGAACUAAUACAGAUCGAGUCUCUGGGAGAUGAUCUUGCGGGGCUAAAGCUUGAAUAA